AUUUGAACGUGCAUAUCUCUAUCCUUUCACCGUUUAUAAUGGCGAAAUUAGUCUACUUCCUCUAUUAAUAUUUUGCUAUUAUUUGAGGAUAUUUUCUUGAUGUUAUUGUUAUUGAUUUAGAUUUCAUUCUGUCUGAAACUAAUCAUUGUUAUGGUGAGAUCAGUAGAGUCAAAAAUGGAUGACGUACAUGUAUAUGAGGCCAGAUACCGGUACAAUCCUCUAGAUCACGAUGACGAUAGUAAUACAUACAUGCUGGUCGAGCAAGGGGAUAUCCUAGAGGUCUCGGGACGAGAUUUAGGUGGUAUGAAGCCUGAAAACCCACAGGAAUGGCUUAGAGGAUACAAUGUAUCUCGAAAUUUGCAGGGGCUGUUUCCAGGCCCUUACAUGAAGUAUCUAGGGGUGAAAGGUCAUGAUGGGGAAGUUAUGGAUCCCCCACCUGAACUUCCUCCCAUCCCCCCAAAGACAAGGUCAACUUCAACAGUACCAGCGUUGCAUGAAGAGCCAAACAUUGUGGACUCAGAUGAUUAUGCUGUAUUUGAUGGUGCCCCUUUGUCACAAGUCACUCCUUCGAGGUCAACACAAGGAAUAACAACACCAGCAAGGACCACAUCAAUACCUUCAAGGACACCUAAACCUAUCAAUGGCUCACCUGAUGGUCCUCCUGGUGUACCUCACAGAUUGAUUGACUGCUACUUUGUUAGACCAGUUGUCUGCUUCAACUGUAAUGACUAUAUAUGGGGACAGGCAAAGUUUGGGAAAAAAUGUUGA